AGAUUCUUUAAUUGACCAGUUAUCUCAAAAGGCAUUCAGCGGAUUACGGAAGAGCUCAUAAUUAAUUAUAUCACUCGAAAUAACAAACAUAUUCAUGGCGCCAUCAUGUAACUACAACAGAAAACCGUAUUCAUGGAUUAUUUCCCCUGUACCGAUGACCACUGAACGAUAAGAGCAGCUGUGUGAGUCACGCACACGUUGUUGUGAUCUUAGCGCGUGACUUCCCCGUCACAUGACAUAAGACUGAAAAAGGACGAUAAACUUAUUAUUACGAUCGCAUUUAGUAAACAGUAAAUCGGCGAGAAUAUUUUGCCAUCGACUUACAAAUUACAUUGUAAGUAACCUUGAUAGCCAUACAAAACCCGUAGUUGCUCCAUUGCAAUGUUUUGCUCUUGAUAGUUGACGGGCAGUACCAGUCGGUGCAAAAGCUCUACCCAGCUGAUAAAGAUGAACGCUUUAGUUGCCCUUUGCCACUUCUGUGAACUCCAUGGCCCCCGGACGCUAUUCUGUACAGAGGCCGUCCACCCUCCAUCCCCAUCUCCUGGUUCAGUCAUUCCUGGUGACAGGGAUCGAGAAGGGGACAGAGAGGGCGAAGGUCUCACCAUGAGAGCUAACAGCUCUGCCACACAAAGAGCAGACAUGUGUGAAGGCUGUCGCUCCCUACCUGCGUCUCACCCAGGCUUUGUGAGUGUGGACAGUGAGACAAGAAUCCGCUAUCUGAGCCAUCAACAUCCACGCCAGCCACAGCUCUUCAGUGUGGUGCGACAGGCAUGUGUGCGCAGCCUCAGCUGUGAGGUUUGUCCUGGUCGCGAGGGGCCCAUCUUCUUUGGAGACGAACAGCAUGGAUUUGUUUUUUCUCAUACGUUUUUCAUCAAAGACAGCCUGGCACGGGGCUUCCAGCGCUGGUACAGCAUUGUCGUGGUAGCUAUGGACAGGAUCUACCUCAUCAACUCCUGGCCAUUCCUGUUGCGCCACCUGCGGCUAACCAUUCAGAGUCUACAGAACACAGCACUCAAGGUGUUUGACAGUGAACAGUGUGUGUGUCCUCAGAGGGCUGUGCGUAUGAACAGUGCCUUCUCUCCGGCAGUGUUCCCCCACCAGCGCAGCGGAAACGCAGCCCGUUCCCUCACAUCUCUAACCCAGCACCAAAACCUGUGGGCUAGUCUGCACUCCUCAUUCAGCUGGUUGCUGAAAGCUUGUGGCAGUCGGUUGACUGAGAAGCUUUUAGAAGGAGCACCAACAGAAGACACACUCGUUCUCAUUGAAAGACAAACUGAGCAAGAGGAAGAGAUGAGUGGUUGGGAUGGUGCUGAAGGGGGCGGAUCUAACUCACAGGCCAGCCAAUCAGAGAGUGUACAGGCUAAAGACUUUCAAUUUGAUGAUGGAAGACAAGAGGACCUUAUUGGGCCGAAGUUCAAAUCAUUGAGACAUUUAAGACAGAUCCUGGGUACCACAGAUUUCAGACAACUCACAUGGCAUGUUCUCAUGGGAAACCAAGUCAUAUGGAGAGGUGCAGACCCUGGCCUUAUCCAGUCAGCUUUUAAUGUGCUGAAGGAUUUGCUUCCGGUUGGCUGUGUCCGAGCAGUUCCGUACAGUCCUCACUAUGAGGAAGCAUAUCGAUGCAACUUCCUUGGCCUUAGCCCAGAUGUACCAAUCCCAGCCCAUGUCAGCUCUUCAGAGUUUUCUGUGCUGGUGGAUGUACUUAACGUUGAGCGCAGUUGUGUAAAUCCUGUUUCGGAUGAUGACAUUGUCUCACUCUACCAGUUCAACAUUAGCAGUGCCAAUGCACAACCAACGGAUAAAGGUCCAACUCUGUUGAAUAAGAUCGAAGUUGCUCUUUCUAAUGAGAAUCUGUCGGUGGAGGUGGUCUCUCUCUGCCUCCUUUGUCUGAAAGAGGAGUGGAUGAACAAAGUAAAAGUGCUGUUUAAGUUCUCCAAGGUGGAUGGCAGAGGUAAAGAGGACACUCAAAAGGUUUUAGCCCUGCUGGGGGCCACGGGGCCCGGGGAAGAGGACAAUGUGCGUCUUCUUAAGUUUUGGAUGACAGGACUCAGCAAGCUCUACAAGAGCCAUCUGAUGACUGCAGUCAGAGGUGGAGAAAGAACUUUGAGCCAGUGAGAAAGAGAAAGGGGACAAUUAUAGGCUCAUUGCUUUGAGUUAGCAACAUUGAGUUCGAUGAAAGGAAUGCGUGUGUGCGUGUGUGUGCGCGUGUGUCAAUUACAGAAAAAGGGGCCAAGCCCGAGUGUUUUUUUUUUUUUUUCUGCAUGGUACAGAGAGAAAGUAAAAGAUACUUAAGGCAUGUGCAUUUAAUGGAAUGUUUUUUGUUUUUUUUACUGUCAUGACUAGACAUGUCCAUUUUCUGUCUUUUUCACUGUGUCUAAUAUAACGCAUGGUCCACUGACUUCAUGGGAACUAGGAGUAUUAGUUGACAUGAUGCUGUUUUAUGUCCUUUGUAAUUGACGUAAUCACAAAUCUGUUCAUCUGACAUAUCUGAGAAAAAAUGUCUGUUUUAUCCGCAAUUUUAUUUAUCCUUAUUUGUUAAUUUAUUUUAAAUAAAUGUAUUUUAAACUCA